GUUUGUGUUUGACCUAACGAAUAAGUUAAUCUUAGUUCGGCCAAUAAUUAAUUACAACAUAGUAUUAAAUAUUUCAGAUUAGUUGACAACUCUUAGCAACCGUAAAUUGUAAAUCGUCAAAACAAUGGCUUCAUUCGAUGUAGAGGUGAAUCAAAACGAAUCGACUGCAGAUGAAUCAAUUAAUCAGACGGAGAUAACAGACGAUCGAAGCAGGCGAAGCUUUUCUCCAGAUGAAGAAGAUAUCGAAAUCGUGAAUUAUCAGGACUAUUUGUCACUUAAUGACUUCUCACAGGUCAUUUUCUUGGAAAUGAAAGACACGUACGCGCCGGGAAACAAUGUCGAGUGUCAUUACAAAGUUACCCAGGGCAUGUAUCCGCAUCCUAAAGACCGAGUUUGUUUGUUCCGACUUGGAUGGAUCAGUCCUCAAGAUUACAAAACGUAUAUGUGGUCGGUUACGCCUAAUGAUUACGUGGCUGGAUCAGAUUUUGAUAAUCGCAUUGUCUUCUCAGCUGCGUUCGUGCCACAGGAAAGUAGCGAGAACUAUUACCAGUUUUGCUACAUAAAUCACCAAGAGCAAAUUCGAGGUGCGAGCACGCCAUUCCAGUUCAAGAACCUUGACUCCGAUAAUAAUGGUCAGAACCAGUCCGCAGCCUGUCAGGUGUUCGAAGAGCUAAAUGAGAGAAUAGAAACUCUCAGUCGAGAGCGGGAAGAUCUGCGUAAGGCAAACUCAGAAAAGGACUCGGCAGUUGGAGACUGCAAACGGAAGAUUGAACUCCUAGAGCGACAACUGGAAGAUCACGAGGAGUUGGUUGCUACUGAGAGUCGCCAGCUGGAGGAAAUUGAUGUUUUGGGGGAGAAAGUGGAUAAGCUGGAAAAAGAAGUGGCGCGGAAAAGUAGAGAGAUGAAAGAACAAACGUCACAUUAUGAAAUGGAGAUUGAGCGCAGCAAGGCGGCCCAAUUGGAACAGGGAGAAAUGUACGAGACACUGGUUAAACAGGCCUCAAAACUGCAGGACGAGAAGAGGGAGGUAUGCAAUGAGCGAACUGUUCUCCAAGCCGAAAAGGAAGACCUACAGAAAGAGCUGACCAUUCUCCAGGCUGAAAACGAGAAAAUUAAAGUGCAACUGGGCGAGAAAACCGAAGAGUAUUCCGAUGUGUGUAAACUUCUGGAAAUUCAAGAAAAUGAUUUGGAAGAGUACAGGUUGAAAUUGGAAAAUGAAGAAAAGAAUUCGCAGUCGCUUCUGAAGGAGUUGGAAUCUCAGAGACAGCAGCUGAAGACUCUGAAAGCGGAGUAUGAAGAGAGCAUGGCGGCCCAGAAGCAACACACGCCGGAUCAGCUGGCGGGUCCCGUGUAUGCGUUGAAGACUGCUUUGGACCACACUCAAUCGAAACUGGAACAGGUCAAUCUGAAUCAAGAGAAGAUGCGCCGAGAUAUAGAGUUCUACAAGCGUCAAAUUGAUUCGAAAAAGGAGCAAGUUGAGAGUGAGAAGGCGUUCUCUUCUGAUCUGUUGGUGAGAUUGGACAUGGCUAAACUGUCCUACAAGAUGAAGUACGUCGAGGCAGGCAGAUACAGACGCGAACUGAAGAAUGUUCUGAAGCAGGACAAGCAGCUGUUCAAGAGUGUGUGCGAAGACAUCGAGCAGCAGGUGAAGGUCAUUGAGACAGAGUGGAAGAUGCCAGACAACAGAGAGAACGUCACCAGAGACAACCCCCAAAGGGCUCUCUCGCUGUGUAAUGACGCCACAAUGGACGAACUUCUCAAUGACAGGAUGGUAACUGCGAUGGAAGGAGCGAGUAAUUGCACAGACAGUGUGUACAUGGACGCCAUUCAGACGCCCGCCUCUGCUUCUAACGCUGUGGUCACCGCACCCUGUGCAGUGUGCACUUCAAAGGGAGAUGCAUCAAAGGUAACUACCGCCACGAACACUCUUGCAGUGGUAGGAUCAACGUCUCAGUCUCCCUCCAAACUGUGGAAUGAGGCUCAAGAACAACUGAGGAACGAACUGAACAACAUCACUUCGUGGAAAGUGAAUGACUUGUGUCUGAUCACGUGUAUGGACACCCUGGACCGACUGGGCUAUGUGAUUGAUCUGGAGAAGAGCCAGAAAAAGGUGGUGGUGGGUGUGGCGUACCAGGUACCCAGAAGUCUAGUGGGAUCUGCGGGCGGUGCGGGAAUUUCGGCUGCUGAGUUGCAGACCAUGCUUGAGACUGAAGAGUCAACGUUUGACAGAAUCAGACCCUACAAAGGAGAGACGGUGCCGUCGGAAGUGUGGAUGAAAGUAUGCGAGCAUUUGUUCAAUUCAGUGCCCUCUCCAAGACUCUCAAGCGACUCGGAGUCUAUAGAAACUUCGAAUGCUUCCCCUUUGGCUCAUUCGACUCUAUCUUCGGCAGCCAUGAGAGCCAGAAGUGGCACUGUCACCCCUCGUUAUCUCCUUUCGCCCCCACCCGUUCCAGCACCAGAAACUCCCACUUCUCCCAUUCUGUCAGCACGUGUGGGGUGCAAAAACGCCCAAUCCCAGGACGCGGGCUCCAUUGGAGGCGUUGGUUGGGGAUCUCUGGCAGUUCCUCUGAAGCACAUGAUUUCGACCACGGCAGGCACCGCGGUGGACAUUAUGGCUUUGGUAUCGUCAGGGCAGAGGGAGGCUAACAGCUCGGACAGCGCAAGAACUGUAGACUCUCUUGGAUCUACGAAUAAUGCCACUAAAGCUGACUCGGGCAAUGUCGAGGAUCUUAUUGAGUCUAUGAAGCCAGGGGCGGAAGGAGAGACUGCAAGAGUUGCAUCUAAAUUUGAGGACGACGAAGAGGCUCCUGCUGCCAAGGAAGAGAACAAGUGUUUACUGUGUGAUAAGACUUUCUCGAGAGACGUGAGUGCGGAGUUGUUCAACUCACACAUGGAGGAACACUAUGGACCCAGUUGUCCCUUCUGCUCAAUGAGAUUUCCCAAGUCACGAAAAGGCGAGAAAGAUCUGACCAAUCACGUCAACGCACACUUGGCCGAACUGGGAGACAUGUAAAAUGCACGGCACAUACCCGCUCCUGCUGCGAUUUAGGAUAACUGAACAGAAAUGCAAAUAAGAACAAAAACAAACAAACAGAAGCUUUUCAACAAGCGAGAAUAUCAUCACAAAAAAAGCUCGAUUUUUGAGUCGAAAUAAAAGUCAUUUUGAACUCCAAUUCAUUAGUUUAGGUUAACAUAUGUUGAAUUAACAUAAUUUCCAUAUUCUUUAACAAAUUUAGUUAUCGCCAUUUCCGCGUUCUAUGCAGAUACUAAAUACAGCAAGCAGCGGAAAAAUUUAUGAAAGAAAAACCUCAUUUGUUUGAACUGAAAAUGAUAAUAAGUUUUUAUGCUUUAGUUUCAAUUAACAAAAUUUGAAGUUUAUUUAUCCAAUUGACUGUAUAAAUUGGAAACUGUGGAUAUUUUGUGGGCGAAAGCAAUGUAAUUUUACUCGUUUUUAAAGGGUGUAGUUGAUUUUAAUGUUAGCUGAUGAAAACAAACUUGCUGUCCUAAAUCUGGAAUAAAUGGAAGUAAACCAUGAAAAUUGGCUUGAUAAGCAAGAAGAAUCGCAUGGACAGUAUGAUGUUUUAUUUUUUUGUAGAUUUAGUUCAUUCCAUAAUUGUGAAGUACGUCUGAUGUAACGCUUAUGACUUGUGAGUGUUUUUGGGUUCAAAGGAAAAGGUGCUACAUUGGAACUUUUUUUUCCAUAAAACUGUGAAUAAUAUCAAUUUUGAAAUGUGAAUGAGAAUAUAGUACUUAGCACCAGUGCAUCAACAAUGCUGCAAUUACGAUGGUUAAUUGUCGGUAUAGAAUAAACUUCACAUUUAGAUUUUAGCUUACUGCAUAAUUAACUCUUUCUUUUUAAAUUUAAUUUGAAUGAGAAAA